AAGAACUUUCCAUCAGCAAAUGACAGUGUCGGUGGAACGCCACAGUUCUUUCAACAGGAUGAAAUCUCCUCAAGUUCUGGCUACGAUGAUUUGGUACAAAUUGAUGGCGAGUCCUUCCACCUCAUUUUGAUGCCAGCCUACCUUCCUGGAGGCGCUCAUACGUUGCGUCAGAUGCGAUCAGCUUUGUUGAGGAUCUUUCAAACUGCACGCGACUGUGAAGAUGAUCGCAAAAAUUCCAACUCUGUUGCUUCAGGCUACGGCAGUGAGAGGCAGGAUGAACUGCUUCAAGCGCUUAAUUCAAUGGAAGGUAGAACUGCUUCACUUUUACGUGAUCUACAAGCAUCACCGACAUUUGUCAAUCCGAAUAGUUGCUCAACAGACUCCCAACCCAACUCUUCAACAUCACAAGCCUUCACCGGUCCAACUGGUGGAUCGGCAGGAGGAUUGGAUCCCAUUGGUGGAGGCUCGUCUCUUGACCUUUUGGCCUACGACCACUUGCAUUCACAGCAUCUAAUCAAGUCGGAGAAUAGUUUCUUACAGCCAUUUUCUGGUCAAACCAAUGAAUACCAUCGCAGUCGCCUAAACUAUCCACCUACACUCACAACACCCCUUGACAGCGCACAUCAACAACGUGUGAGCGGUUGUUUUGACAACCACACCAGUGGAAACGAUCUUUCAACAUUUAAUGGUAUCAGUAUGGACUCCUCCACUGCUGCGGCUUAUGCAAUGAUGCCUUCGGCUUUCCAAUCCUUUCGAGACAACGAUUCCAUUCACCACUAUCAACCGAAUGUCUUUAUCACGUCCUCUCAAAACACCGUCAACUCGUCGGGCUCCUCGGUGGUCAUCUCCCAAGACAACAAUGGCGCUUUGGUUGCAGCCUUUGGAGCAGCAGUUUCUUCAUCACAAAGCAGUGGCAAACUCUUUGAAGAGAUCGCCAACAGUAGACAACAACAAUGUCAUCAAACAAGUGGAACUGAUGUCUCCAUGGUUCGUGAUAUUGCUUAG